UGUCUUCAUUUCCUUGGGGAUUAAAACCCAUGAUCGUGAGUUCCUCAGAGAAGUGAAAGUGGCCCAGAGGGAUCCAGUAAUUCCUGUUAUCAGCAGGCUUUAUAAGUCAGUGAGCCGGGAGCUGUCUCUUCAUCCAGACGGAAGUCCCAGGAGAACAAAGAUGUCCCUGCAUCCAGCUUCCUUGCGCCUGGCUUCCUUGCUGCUCUUCUCUCUUGUCCUCCAUAGUGCUCUGGCCCUGAAGCUCUGCUCCUUCAAUGUGAGAUCAUUUGGAGAGAGGAAGAAGGAAAACCAAAAUGCCAUGGACGUCAUUGUGAAGAUCAUCAAACGCUGUGACCUUAUACUCCUGAUGGAAAUCAAGGACAGCAGCAACCACAUCUGCCCCAUGCUGAUGGAGAAGCUGAACGGAAAUUCUCGGAGAAGCACAACCUACAACUAUGUGAUUAGUUCUCGACUUGGAAGAAACACAUACAAGGAACAGUAUGCCUUCCUCUAUAAGGAAAAGCUGGUAUCUGUGAGAGACAAAUACCUCUACCAUGACUACCAGGAUGGAGAUGCCGACGUGUUUUCCAGGGAGCCCUUUGUGGUUUGGUUCCAGUCGCCCUUCACUGCUGUCAAGGACUUCGUGAUCGUCCCCUUGCACACGACGCCUGAGACUUCCGUGAAAGAGAUUGAUGAGUUGGUUGAUGUCUACACGGAUGUGAAGCGGCGGUGGAAAGUACAGAAUUUCAUCUUCAUGGGUGAUUUCAACGCUGGCUGCAGUUAUGUCCCCAAGAAAGCCUGGAAGAACAUCCGUUUGAGGACUGACCUCAACUUCGUUUGGCUGAUUGGGGACCAAGUGGACACCACAGUCAAAAAGAGCACCAACUGUGCCUAUGACAGGAUUGUGCUUCGAGGACAGGAGAUAGUCAACUCCGUGAUUCCCAACUCAAAUGGCGUCUUUGACUUCCAGAAAACUUAUCAGUUGUCUGAAGAGGAGGCCCUGGAUGUCAGUGACCACUUUCCAGUUGAAUUUAAACUCCAAUCUUCAAGUGCCUUCAACAACAACAACAACAACAACAACAGAAAGUCUGUUGCUCUAAAGAAGAGAAAAAAAGGCAAUCGUUCCUAGGUACCAUGGUACCAUUUUUUUUAAAAGUCACUUCUUGCUUCUAAAUAAAAUGGCUCUCAUAGGUCUAAACUAUUUGCACACUCUGCACACUCAGGAAUUAAGAAUAGCCCAGCUAAUUUCAUUGCUUAUCUGAGUUCAUUCUACCUGGAUACAAAUCGGGAGAAGAGUCUUCUGUUAUGCCUCUUUGAUCCCACACCAUCACUGGGAUCUACCACUAGUUAGGUAGCAGGUCAAAUGUCAGCUGUCAGCCCUAGCUGUCAGUGCUCACAAGAGACUCCAGUUUCCCAGAAAUGAGCAGAAAUGUCAAGACUCAAAUCAUACCUCAUGAUGUCUCAGUCAGACUCUGCUUCAUCCUGCUGGGGUCGGGCAGUUGUAACAUCUAUCAGGAAAGAAGAAUGAGGGCCACUCCUACUGUGUUGUCCUGGCUCCAGUGUCCUAACUCAAUCAACCCAGUCACCUCCAGUGUCACUCUUUUCAUUUUCAAGUAAGAGCACAGUCGAUUCCCUACCUACAGACCGCCCCUUACCCAUGGACCACACCUACCCACAGACCACAUCUACCCAUAGAUCAUCCCUAGCCACAGCCCACCCCUAACCAAAGCCCACCCCUACCCAUAGACCACACCUACCCAAGACUACCCCUAUCAAUAGACCACACCUACCCAAGACUACCCCUACCCAUAGACCACACGUACCCAAGACUACCCCUACCCAUAGACCACAUCUACCCAUAGACCACCCCUACCCACAGUUCAUCCCUACCCAUAGACCACACCUAUUCAAGACUAUCCCUACCCAAAGCCCACCCUUACCCACAACCCAUCCCUAUUCACAGCCCAUUCCUACCCAUAGACUACCCCUACCCACAGCCCUGUCCAUAAGUCAUUGCCAUGGCCUGAGCUCAGUCUUCAGACACCGCUAAAGAAGAGGGGAAAAAAGCAAUUGCUCCUAGGUACCAUGGUACCAUUUUUUUUUAAAGUCACUCCUUGCUUCUAAAUAAAAUGGCUCUCACAGGUCUAAACUAUCUGCACACUCAGGAAUUAAGAAUGGCCCAGCUGAUUUCAUUGUCCAUCUGAGUUCAUUCUACCUGGAGCCAAGUUACGAGAAGAGUCUUCUGUUAUGCCUCACUUUGCACCGGAUGCUCCAAAAGUGUCUUUCCUUCCUACCCCCUUUUCCCUUUUCUCUUCUUCCUUCCCCCAACUCCCUGAAAAGGCUCUACCUUGCAUUCCCUGUCCUCUCCCAAGUGACCCCUGUUUCAUAUCCCAUGUCUCCCUUGCAAUAUUUACCACAUUGUAGUUGUCCUGGGCCAGCACUGGAGCUCACUGAAAGUCCAGGAAUGGCAAGUUCCAUUGACUGGGUUGGACUUGAGGCUUUGUUCUCUCUUUGCCACUCUGGAAACCAGCAAUGUGGCCCCAUUUUGCUUAUGUUCAGGGUGCCCAUUUUUGUGUAUUUUGCUUUGUUUUCCAGGAUAUUCUUUCUUUAUUCUUUACUUGUACAUGAACAGGAGCAGUGAAAAGCAAUGUCGCUUCUGACUGUACUCCUAGUGUCUUGUCUCAGAAGCAACCUUUUCACACAGCUUCUGUGGUCUUCCUAAAGGUGUUCAUGCAUAAAUGAGUACCAUGUGUAAUCUUAGGAAAUACAAAAUGUAUCGCACUGUCAA